AGGAGCAGUACUGCCUCAGUUGGAUAGAUUCUGGACACAAACUCAUCAUGUCAAUGCAUGCAUCCCCUGAAUCGAGGGGCGUGACACAUGAGACUCGCUCUGAAACUCCUCCUAGUCGUCAGGCAUGUGAAGCAGAGUGUCAGACUGUCCCCAUGAUGAGUACACAGGAACUACUUGGCUUAUUUGAGUGCCCAGUCUGUUAUGAUUACAUGCUCCCACCUAUCUACCAAUGUGUUCAGGGCCAUCUCAUCUGUUCAGUGUGCAAGCCCAAGGUAGUUACGUACGUAGGGGACUUAGCUCCCCGCACUGUGUACUCUGAGCGAGUGAAACUCCUCCUAGUCGCAUGUGAAGCAGAGUGUCAGACUGUCCCCAUGAUGAGUACACAGGAACUACUUGGCUUAUUUGAGUGCCCAGUCUGUUAUGAUUACAUGCUCCCACCUAUCUACCAAUGUGUUCAGGGCCAUCUCAUCUGUUCAGUGUGCAAGCCCAAGCUUGUCUCCUGUCCAUCAUGCCGAGAAGAGCUGGGCAUGAUUCGUUGCAUGGUGAUGGAGAAAGUUGCUGAAACUCUGUUGUUUCCAUGUCGAAAUGCUUCCCAAGGUUGUGAAGUGGUCCUUCAUCGAGCUAAGAAAGUUGCCCAUGAACAGGAACAAUGCAAAUUUAGGCUUUUUGACUGUCCUUACAAGUUCAUUGACAAUUGCAUGCCAUGGAUGGGGAAUGCAGAGAAAGUCCUAGAGCACCUGUACCUCACACACCUUGACAACUUUGAGCGGGAGCAUGGACAGCUAGAGCCACACAAAGGAGAUGCAUUUAUUUUCACUCCCUAUGUUUGUGUGAUUGACUACAAUGCAAGCAAUAACAACACAACGUGGAUGUGGACGGCUGUGCAGCAGUGUUUUGAUGUCACCUUUGUUGUCAACCUCUACUACCUUCACAACGGGUGCUCUAACAUUCACUUCCUCACUGUGCGCAUGCUGGACACAGUGGAGACAGCCAAGAAGUUCUGGUAUCGAGUGGAACUGGAUGGUCCAAAUGGAUCUCUUGCCUACCAGGGGCGAUGCCACUCCUUGCAUGAAGAGGUGAAAGAGAUCUAUGAACAUCGAGAUUGCCUUUCAUUUGACAGCUCUACUGCCCAGAAAUUCAAGACUAAAGUGACACGUGAUGGUCGUCGCCGGCAGGUCCUCACUUUUCACAUCACUGUCAAGGAUUCUCCUCCAUCCAGUUCACAUUGGCCCCUCUCAGUGUGGAAUCACAACCAUGAUCACAACUGUCAUAUGGACCUGCCUGGUGAUCAGUCAGUAGUCAAGUUAUUCUUCGAAUCAUGGAGUGAUGAUCCUCAGCUAUGGGAAGGCAAAGAUGACAUUCGCUUGCGGGCAGCCUGCAUCACGAAUUUGACGAAG